AUGAGUUUCGCGCUCUACGAACUGGCUCUCAGUCCAGAUGUACAGAAGCGGCUGCACGAGGAGGUGGACGCGACGCUGAAAGAGAACGCAGGACAGUUGACGUACGAGGCCAUUUCCAGCAUGAAGUAUCUGGACAAAGUCGUCGCAGAGACUCUUAGAAAACACCCACCGGCAGCGGCCACUGACAGGAGGUGUGCACGCGACUUCCAGCUUCCUGAUGGUGGGCCUGUUAUUGAGAAAGGGACGCCUGUGUUCAUCCCGAUAUACGCCCUCCACCACGACCCCGAAUACUACCCAGAACCACAACGCUUCGACCCCGAGAGGUUCUCAGAUGAGCAGAAAGCAGCGAGACACCCAUACGUGUACAUGCCAUUUGGUGAAGGUCCUCGUAACUGUAUAGAUGCUCUUGCUCAUAAAACAGGCGACGACAGCAACAGGGAUCAGAGUGUGGGCCUGUUCGCUAUCGGCUGCAGAGACUGGUUGGAGAUUCUCGGCCACUACCAGAUAAACCCAGUUGUGGAUAAGCUCGGUCUCGCCAUGGGCCUGUUUCUGGAAUCGUGGCUGAGUGAAUUCCUGGCCGCCGCUCUGGUGGUGGUGGCAGCGGUCUACGCACGGUAUUCUUAUUGCUACUCGUACUGGAGCAAGAAGGGUGUGCCUCAGGCCCCAACCGUGAUCCCAUUCGGCAAUGCAGGACGAGUGUUUCUUGGACUGACUCGUCUGGAAUUCAUGUUCCGAGACCUCUACUUUCGUUUCAGAGACCAUAGGUACGUGGGAGUAUAUAUGUUCACCGAACCAGCCCUGAUGCUGAUCGACCGAGACCUUCUUCGGCUGGUGUUCGUCAAGGAGUUUGAUGCAUUCUCCAGCAGGAAUGUUAACUUUGAUGAGAAACAGCCACUGAAUCAUCACUUAUUCAACUUGAACGGAGAGAGAUGGAAGAGAAUGCGAGCUAAAAUGUCGCCUGCCUUUACAACAGGAAAGCUCAAAAUGAUGUGCCAAACGAUGCAGGACUGUGGGCGCGAACUCGUGGAGGUGCUGCAGGAGCCAGCGAAGAGGGGCGAGAUUCUGGAGAUGCGGGAGAUAGCCGCCAGGUUCACCACCGACGUCAUCUCCUCCGUCGGUUUUGGAGUCGAGUGCCAUGCUCAACGGAAUCCAGACACAGAAUUUCGCCAGUGGGGACGAAAAAUAUUCGAACCUACGUUGAAAACGAGGAUUUCAAGUCUCAUGUACAGGUUCUUUCCAGCUGUUGCUAAGGCACUACAGUUACAGAACAGUGCUAGUGGGAAGUCAGGAUUCUUUCGGAAGAUGGUGGAGGAUACAGUGGAGUAUCGCGAACAACACGGCGUGGUCCGCAAUGACUUCCUCCAACUGAUGAUGCAGCUCAAGAUCAAGGGCUUCAUUGACGACGAAAGCAAACUGGGAUCCCAAGAAACCGAUAAAUGGAAGUUUACGAUGGACGACGUGGCAGCACAGUCGAUCCUAUUCUACGCUGGAGGCUUCGAGACGUCGUCGACUACCAUGAGUUUCGCGCUCUAUGAGUUGGCUCUCAAUCAAGACAUACAGAAGCGACUGCAUGAGGAGGUGGACGCGACGCUGAAAGAGCACGGAGGGCAGUUUACGUACGAGGCUAUUGUCGGGAUGAAAUAUCUGGACAAGGUCGUUGCAGAAACUAUGAGGAAAUAUCCACCGGCUGGCCUCAUUGACCGAAAAUGCACACGCGACUUCGAGCUUCCUGAUGGUGGACCUCUUAUUGAGAAAGGAAUGGUUGUGGUCGUUCCGGUUUACGCCAUCCACCACGACCCCGAGUACUAUCCAGAACCCCAACGCUUCGACCCCGAGAGGUUCUCAGAAGAGCAGAAAGCAGCGAGACACCCAUACGUAUACAUGCCCUUCGGCGAGGGACCCCGGAACUGUAUAGGAAUGCGACUGGGUCUUCUUCAGACUAAGACUGGUCUGGCGUACACGAUGUCCAAAUACGAAGUUCGCCGUUGUGAGGAGACCGUCGUGCCUCUUCAGUUCACUUCAAUGACCGGCAUUCUGACACCCACUGCCGGAAUAAAGCUGAAACUAGUCCAGAGGAAGUAGUCUAGGCUACCUCACCGUUUGCUCUCAACCGUCUUACACGCCCUGUUUUUCUAUGAGGAAUUUUGUUUGAUUCUUAUAUUGUAUAUGUAUUCUUUACUGGCCGA